CUCAGCGUGAUUUACGGCUCUGCUGAAAACUGCUUCCCCUGCAGCUUCAGCACCACCACCACCACAGCAGCAGCAACAAGUCAGGAUUCAGAGAGUAAUGCAACAGAACACUUUUGAAGAAAGCAGACACCCCUGGCAGGAGUCAUUUGAAAAUGUCAGUAUCUGCAUGCCAUUUCGUUGCCCACGAUGCGGUGACCACACUAGAUUCAGAAGCCUUUCUUCUCUGAGGGCACAUCUGGAGUAUAAUCAUAGGUAUGAAGAAAGAAGCCUUCUGACAAAAUGCAACCUAUUUUCUUCCCUCAAAAAUGCAGACUUGCUCUCUUCCUCAGAGACUGUGACUCAAGGAAAACUGGGGAACACCAGCAAUGCAAUAAAACAAAAACCAUCCUACAUAAAUUUUUGUGACACAUCACAUGAGUACCCAAAGAACAGAAAAUCACUGGAGGUGGAAGCUGAAAGGCCUGUCUCUUUUGUGGCAAAUUACGGGUCAGCUGACUUCACAGAUGAGCAAAUUUCUAAACCUGGUGUUCCAACAACAGACUCCAAAGCCUCUUUUGAGGCACAUGUACGAGAAAAGUUUAAUAGGAUGGUAGAAGCUGUAGAUAAAACAAUAGAGAAGAGAAUUGACAAGCUUACCAAAGAGCUGGCCCAAAAAACUGCUGAGCUGUUGGAAGUUCGGGCGGCUUUUGCGCAGCUAUCUCAGAAGAAACAGGAAGUUCAGAGGCGAGAGAGGGACCUGAACAGACAGGUGGAUGUUGCAGUUGAGAUGAUUGCUGUACUGAAGCAACGUCUUACAGAGUCUGAAGAAGAACUUCACAGGAAAGAAGAAGAGGUUGUUACUUUUAACCACUUCCUGGAAGAGGCAGCUGAGAAAGAGGUCCGUGGGAAAGCCAGGCUCCAACACUUCAUUGAGAAUCUAUUGCAGCGGGUUGAUCUGGCAGAAAGACAACUAGAAUAUUAUCAAAAUCAGCAGAUAAUGUGCAAUUACAAUGAUGUCAAUGAACGCAUGUUUACAGACCUCUCAUCAAAUAAGAAACCCAGAUGCCUAAGCCGAGGAAAUCAGCAUGGUUCAUAUAAUAUACCUGAUGCAAAACCUCAUUCCCUUCAAAAAGGUAGAAUGUUCCUAAAGAAAACCAAGGAUGAGAAGAACAGCAUCCAGCCAGUUAUAUUCUUCUAUGAGCCUGUCGACUGCUCAAGAGAGCUAUGGAGGCCACAGAAAAAAGGUGAACCUGUGAGUGCUGCCCGAAAGGUGAAUUCAAAAUCCAAGCAGGGUAAAAAAGGCAAAUAGCUACAGUAACAGAUUAUAUUAUAUAACAACAUGCAGGAGCUACUGGCACAAGGCUUCAACAAAACAGAUAUUGAAUCAUGUCUGUUAGCUAAGCAUUGUACUUUUUCUUAUUCAUUUGUUCAUGCCAUAAAAUAUUAAAUAUAAAUAUAUAUAAUAUAUACAGUAUGAAAGAAUAUGUAUAUUAUUUAGUAAUUUUGUUUCCAUUGGGGGGUCUAUAAGUGAAGUAACAUUUAUUUAUGUCAGUUUGCAUUUGAUUUUUCUAUUUAUGUAAUGCUAGAGCCUAUUGAAAAUGAUCCCAGUAUCUUGCUGUAUGCUAUUGUGGCCAUAUGUUUUAUAACCAGAUAUUUUAGUGGCAGUAUGUGGUUUACUAAUCUAAUUUCCAUCCAUGUCAUUGCAUUAGUUCAGAAGAAUCCAUUUAAUUGGCAUCCUGAUACUCAGUCUUUGCACUUAAUUGGUGUGAUUGCCAGGAAAUAUGUUCAAUGACAAAUCACUACAUAUACCAGCACACUUAGUUGUGAGAAGUGCAUUUUAGUGUAAUCCUACAGUACUGUCUUCAAAGCUGUUCAUAGCAGCAGAUUGGUAUUUGCAAUCCUGAAUUUUCUCUGUACAGCCCUGCAUGUUCAUUUCAUGCUCCUUCCAUGCUUUACUAUAGCUCCUAUUGGGAUCCAAGAAGUGGGCAGGCUUUGCCCACCCACUGCUAAAGGAUCUCCCCCCACCCAGCCUAAGGGGGGUCCACAGGACCUGGAGACCAAAAAAUUACAGGGGACAACUAAUAAAAGAAGAGGGACAGGAGUGAGGUCAAAGGGUGCUUUACUAUAGCUGCUAAACAAAUUGAUUUUACUCAGGGCCAAAUUCCAAGCUCGUGUAAAUUACACAGAUCAAUUAACUUCAGUGCUUGCUUUGAAAAUGCUGCAUGCUUUGUAUUUUCAGUACCGUUUCAACUUCUGCCAUUGUUGAUCAGCAGGAAUUGAACUGAGGCCUACAAUCAGAAGCUACUUUGUCCAUGUCUACACUGCAGUUAGACAUCUGCAGCUGGUCCAUGUCAGCUGAUGUGAGCUCACACCAGGGCUCAGGCUGAGGGGUUGUUCAAUUGCAGUGUAAAUGUUUGGACUCAGACUACAGCCCGAGUUCUGGUACCCUCCCACUUUGUAGGGUCUUAGAGCUCAGACUUCAGCCCAAGCCUAAACGUCUACACUGCAAUUAAACAGCUCCCCAGACCGAGUCAACUGGCACAGGCCAGCCUCAGGUGUCUAACUGCAGAGUAGACAUACCCUUUGAGCUAACGGAAUAACUCCAUUACCAACUAGCAGUAGUAGUUUCUUUCCCUCUGUGGAUCAGCAGCUAGAGGGAAAGAUAAGUUACGCUAUGUGCCAGCAUGUUCCACUGUAAUAUGUGUUUUUAGGCAAUUAAUGAAUAUUUACCAGCACAGUGUACUACAUGAUCCGCUCUUAAUUGGGAUGAUAAUUGAGGACCCAAUCUUGCUAAUUUUUAUCUGUAUGAAUACUCCUUUCACACACUAAUACUCCCAUGGAUUUCAAAUAAAUACAUACGAGUAGGGAUGUUAGAAAGGAUUGCAGGAUUGGAACCUUAACUGGAAUGUCUCUACUUCCACUGGUUUGUUCCAAUUAAAAGGAUUCUACUUGAUCAUAAUGUUCUUCAGAAUUAAUUUUGUGUGUAUAUUUUUGGUAGCAUUAAUCCUUAUGCCAAGUUUAUAAAUAUUAGCAUCCUGUUGAGAUUACUGGCAAGAACUGUUUUCUUGAGAAGAGAAUAAAUAGCCGAGUCAAGUCUCUGUUUAAUUUAUUUUUUAAAUGCUCUUAACAGACGUAAAUUGUCUUUGUGGAAGCUGGUUUUUAAAGUACAUAUAUAAAGAUUUGCAGAAAAUGUUACUUGUUUUUUAUAAUUAUGACUGUAAGCAUAACUGAGUGAGAAAAAGCAGAAGAAAACAUAUCACCAUGACUAUUGCUGCAAUAAACUGAUUUGCAAUGUAUUUGAUGUAGACGAUA